AUGUCCGACCAGAAAUCCUUCUACGGAGCCAACAAACCCGCAGAGACAGGCCGGCAAACAUGGGACAAAGACGAAAUGCUCAAGCAAGCCCGCGAACGCGCCGAGCGCGAGCGGCACGCGCGAGAGUCCCGCUUCGUCAGAGAACCCACGCCGCCGGACGCUCAGGAGAUUGAGAUCCGGCGGCAGCGACUGAACCUCGACUCUGAUCUGAAUAAAGUCACGCUUGUGCCGGCUGGUGCGUCUGCGGUCGGCAAGCGCGGACGGGGAGCUGGGUACUAUUGCGAGGCGUGUAACUUGACGUUCAAGGACAGUUUGCAGUGGGUGGAUCAUUUGAACAGUAAGCAGCAUCUACAAGCGACCGGGCAAACGGACUCGGUCAAGCGAGCGACGGUGGAAGAUGUCCGGAGUCGGCUGCGGUGGCUGCGGCAGAAGCGCGAGGAGGAUUUACAAGGGCAGCAGUACGAUAUCCAAAAGAGAAUCGCAGAGAGGAAACGGAUAGAGGAGGAAGAGCGGCAACGGAGGAGGGAGAAGAGGAAUGCAAAGCGGAAAGAGAGGAGAGCGAGGUCGGCGUCGGCUGGCGGGGAUGAGGUCGAUGAGGAACGGCUGGCGAUGGAGCAGAUGAUGGGUAUCAAAGGAUUUGGAACUACAAAGGUCAACUAA